CAAGUAUGCAGCGCGUCAUUGCAAACAUACCCAUAAACACUUUUUUUAUUGUUGAAUUUUAUUCUCAGACUUGCGGUGGAUGGCUGGUUGCUCAGGGGCCGCUGAAGGAUUAAUUAAAUGCUCUUGAGAAAGGGCCUUGACUAUCGGUCUGUUACAGAUGCUCCUUCCCAGCAGCAGAUUCAAUAACCCCAUAAACACGCGCAUGCAGACACAGAGCGGCGCAGCUGAACCCCCGCGGUGAACGAACCUGGAGAUGUCUCAGAAGAAGAUAUUCCUAGUAUUGAUUGCAAUCAGUACUGUCAGCUUGCUUCUGCACCAUGGGGGUCACUUGAACUUGACGUUGGAGGCAUUCUGGUUGGGCUGUCCAUCCUCUAUGACCUCCUCCACCCAGGGCAGCAGUGGACCUUCUGCUAAACACACCAGUGUAGCCUUCCUGAAGACGCACAAAACCGCCAGCUCCACUGUGCAGAACAUCCUCUUCCGCUUUGCUGAACGCAACAACCUCACUGUGGCAUUGCCUAUUACCACCUGUGACCACCAGUUCUGCUACCCUCGACCAUUCAGUGCCCACUUUGUUCAUCCACACACUACACCACCUGACAUCAUCACCAAUCACUUACGGUUCAGCCGGGCUGAGCUACGACGCCUCAUGCCCAACAACACAUUCUACAUCACGAUAUUGCGGGAACCGGGAGCAAUGUUUGAGUCUCUGUUUACCUACUUCAAUCAGUACUGUCUUAGCUUUAAACGUGUCCCAAAUGGCUCUUUAGAGACUUUCCUGGACCACCCUUGGAGCUACUAUCGUCCAGAAGAGAAGGAUUCAAUGUAUGCGAGAAAUACACUGACCUUUGACCUAGGCGGUGAUAAAGACUGGCCAUUUUCAGAGGCGGCAGCGUAUGCGAAACGAUUCGCCGUAGAGAUGGAGCGAGUGUUCUCCUUGGUUAUGAUCGCGGAAUACUUUGACGAAUCUUUGGUGCUGCUACGCCGCCUGUUGUCUUGGGAUCUCGACGACGUUCUGUAUGUCAGUCUCAACAUGCGCACGCCUGACUCCAAGAGCAGCCUUUCCAGUGAAAAUGCGGCCAAAAUCAGAGCCUGGAACGCUAUAGAUUCCGUCCUGUAUGAUUACUUCAAUGCCUCGUUGUGGCGACAGCUGAGAGAGUUGGGACUAUCGUGCGUUGAGCGGGAAGUCCAGCUGUUGCGUCAGUCUCGUGACCGACUUGUCCGCAGGUGCUUCGGAGGGCAUUUGCCACCGCUUCGCUCUGCUGCACAGAUCACGAAUAAGGAAUUACGGCCUUGGCAGCCCAGUGCCAAAGUGGCAAUCGUUGGGUAUGAUUUACCGGUUAACAUAACACAAAAAGGCCAUGCUCCUCCACCAGACGAGUGUCUAAAGAUGAUAAUGCCGGAGGUGCAAUACACACGGCUGCUGCUGCGCUCAGAGUCCCUACGUUAUCGAAAGCGGUUUCCAUUACGGAGCUCCCAGCAGACUUCACGAACUGUGGGACAAGUACGGGCACACAAAGAAUCCCCAGCUCCGAGUUUGAAUCCGCGACCCUCAGAGACUAUGUCUCGGAGCACCAAAGGAGCGCUACGGCUUUCCCAAUGACCAGUGCGAAAGGAUAGUUAAGCUUCUUUCCUUUUAUUCCCCGUUCCUUGCAGCUAAAUGUCCAUGAGAUGUUGGAAUUACUUGAAAGCUUGAGGUCAUACCUCAUUUGUAUUGGAUGUGAGCACAACCAAACGUACGCUUACAACAUAACUGUUCUAAAAGUUAGAAAAAUCUUUGUGUGUUUCUCAAAUUGAAAUGUAAAAAGGUGAAGGAAAAUAUACAUUGAAGUCUAAAAGCUGAUAUCUGGAAUGUGUCUCAAACUCUCAAGGACUAUCUCUCCACAUACAUUCCAUCAUACACUGUAUGUGUUUGUAUUUAAGCCAUCAUUACCCUUCUGGAAAAUCCUAAAUUAGCUUAAGUUUGUACCUGGUUUUAAAUGGUUUCUAGCUAGUUGAAGCUAAUCUCAUAUCAUUGCUGGUCCAAGCUUGUAUUGAAGGUUGAUCAGCUGUAUUACCAGCUGGUGAUGUUUAGAUGACCUGGCAGAUCAUCUUGGUCAAGCUU